UGGCCGCAGGGGCGACGUUCAAGGGAGCGUUUGUUCGGGACGGGAAAACUGUGCCGUUAUGUCGAGCCUGUAACAGUUUGUACUACUCGUUAAACCGGAUUUAAACCCAACCGGAGGGUUUUUGUUUCUCAGCCUUGCCGAUAAGGGAAAUGGUCGCGCUUGCAUUUUCUUGCCAGUGCGCCUCGAACUGUGGAGUUUAACGAAGUGGGAGCGUUCGAGUGUGCGGAAGGAGGAGAAGCCGUGGAUCCGUGCACCGUCGGUCUGGAUAACAUUGCAGCUGCAGGCCCUUUACCGAUGGGUACACGCUGUGAGGCGACACGCCGAGAGAGCUGCACAUCGUCCAGAAGAGACGAGAGCUGUCGUAGAAUGAAGACGAGCUAGAUACUGUCUCCACGAAACUGUCCAAGACUAGUUUUGCCCUGGACCAAACGCACAGAGAAAACCUGAAACGUAACUUUUGCUGGUUGACGCUCACCUUCGAAAAGAACACCUUCGCACAACGCUAUCAGUAUGAGUGCCGAGGGAUAUCAGUACAGAGCGCUGUACGAUUACAAGAAGGAGAGGGAGGAGGACAUUAAUUUGCAUGUGGGGGAUACGCUGUUGGUAAGCAAAGGAGCCCUGGUGGCUCUUGGGUACACCGACGGGCUGGAACAGAGGCCAGAUGAGAUUGGAUGGCUGCCAGGCUUCAAUGAAACCACUCAGGAAAAGGGGGACUUCCCUGGGACAUAUGUCGAAUACAUUGGAAAGAAAUGGAUAUCUCCCCCCACACCCAAGCCGAGGCCCAUCAGACCCUUACCUGUUGCUCCAGGUGCCUUCAAGGCGGACGCCGACUCUGACUCGGAGCAAGGCUCCUGUCUGCUGGACCUAACGGAGCAGUUCUCCCUCCCAGAGACUGCUCCGCCCAUUCUGGCCAGACUGCUGGAAACUAUCGAGAGGAAAGGUCUGGACAACCCCACUAUAUAUCGAACAUUUACCGCUGGUGCUGGACUUGAAGUCAGACAGUAUUUCGAAUGUGAUCCUCCCUCGGCAGACCUGGACCAGUUUGAGCUUUCGGUCUUGUGUGAUGGUCUGCGCAGGUACCUGCAGGAUCUUCCACAGCCCAUAAUCCCCACUGCAAUAUAUGCUCAGAUGGUCCUCACUGCCAAAGAGGUGGCGAAUCCUGAGGAAUGUGCCCAGCUGCUACGUCGCAUUGCCAGCACCCCGAGCCUGCCGCCCCAAUACUGGCUCGCUCUCCACUGUCUGCUAAGGCAUUUCGCUAGAAUGUGUCAGAAUGGCUCCAAGAACCUGCUCUCUGCUCGAGCCCUCGGCGAGAUCUUCAGCCCCGUGUUUUUUAGACAGCAAGCCACCAGUUGUGAACCCAGCCUGGAUGCUCACAUCAAGAUCAUCGAGGCGCUGGUGACCAGUGAAUGGAGUGAGAGUCAGGCUGCUCCAGCUCUACCUCCUAAGCCACCCAAGCCCACACCUGUGACCAACAACGGUAUGAACAACAACAUGGCUCUGCAAGACGCCGAAUGGUACUGGGGAGACAUCUCGAGAGAGGAGGUCAACGAGAAACUGAGGGACACCGCCGACGGUACUUUUUUGGUGCGGGACGCCUCAACGAAAAUGCACGGAGACUACACUCUGACCCUGAGGAAAGGAGGAAACAACAAGCUCAUUAAGAUAUUCCAUCGGGAUGGGAAGUACGGCUUCUCGGACCCGCUGACCUUCAGCUCGGUCGUCGAGCUCAUCAACCACUAUCGCAAUGAGUCACUGGCUCAGUACAACCCCAAGCUGGAUGUCAAGCUGCUGUACCCGGUCUCCAAACACCAGCAGGAUCAGGUGGUGAAAGAAGACAACAUUGAAGCUGUUGGGAGGAAGCUCUGUGAGUACCACCAGCAGUACCAGGAGAAGAACAAGGAGUACGACCGUCUGUAUGAAGAAUACACCAGAACAUCACAAGAAAUCCAAAUGAAAAGGACAGCGAUAGAGGCUUUUAAUGAAACCAUAAAAAUCUUCGAGGAGCAAUGCCAAACACAAGAGCGGUACAGCAAAGACUAUAUCGAGAGAUUUAGGAGAGAAGGCAAUGACAAGGAGAUCCAGAGGAUUAUGGGGAACUAUGAAAAGUUGAAAUCGAGGAUAAGUGAAAUCGUAGACAGCAAACGGCGACUGGAGGAAGAUCUGAAGAAACAGGCGGCAGACUACAGAGAGAUCGACAAGAGGAUGAACAGCAUCAAGCCCGACCUCAUCCAACUCCGCAAGACUAGAGACCAAUAUCUCAUGUGGUUGACCCAAAAGGGAGUCCGACAGAAGAAACUGAACGAGUGGCUUGGAAUCAAGAACGAGAACACAGAAGAUCAAUAUUCUAUGGUGGACGAUGACGAAGACCUUCCUCAUCACGACGAGCGCGCCUGGAAACUGGGCAACAUCAAUCGACUACAAGCGGAGGCGCUCCUCCAGGGCAAGAGAGACGGAACAUUCCUGGUUCGAGACAGCAGCAAAGCAGGAUGCUACGCCUGCAGCGUUGUUGUGGACGGUGAGGUAAAGCACUGCGUCAUCAACAAGACACCCUCAGGCUUCGGCUUCGCCGAGCCGUACAAUCUGUACAGCUCGCUGAAAGAACUCGUACUUCACUACCAGCACACGUCUUUGGUCCAGCACAAUGACUCUCUGAAUGUUACGCUAGCGUACCCAGUUUAUACUCAGCAGAGACGGUGAGGACCUCCGCAUGUGACAACAUGGACACAAAGGAAAAGGCCUCAUGGGAGUUGGAGGAGAUACAUGUCCUGGGACUCUGUGAUUUAAAACAAGGCUCCGGUGCCUAACUCGGACUUUAACAGAGGAAAAGACGCAAUAAAAGCCUGAAACAUUUCAAUGACUUUGCCAGACCACGAGCCGGAGGCGAGUCUGAAUGUAGAUUUCUCUUUUUGUGGGAGCACAGAAUCAAGCGGAAACUGCUGAACUCCCCCUGUGGAGGACAUAAGAGGCCUUUUCCCGACGGUGCUUGUUCUUUUUCAAAGCUUUACCAGCCGGAAUGUCUAAUCGCAGCAGAUAAACUCUUCAAAUGGAACUGUACCCACCGGCCACAAUUUUCUUUUUCCACUUUUUUUUUCCUUUCACAUCAUUUAUGUGUGUGUCUUUGUUUCUGCACAAGUGUUUGUGUGUAUGUGACUGAGUGAGUGUGUGACUGUCCAUGUGACCAAAACUCAUAGAUUCAGGAAACUGUGUGAUAUCAGGGGCUGUAACACAUUCACUUGUGUUAACUGUUCAGUAGCAAACCAUGCAUCAGCUAAUAAAUGUAGCAAAAUGGCACUUUCAAACAAAGUUUUAAUUUUAUUUUACUCUUAUCAAAAGAGCAGAAAGGACAAGACGUCGGCAUCCUGCCUUCUAACUGUCCAGCAUUGUAGUACAGAAGUAAACUGCAUCUUUACUGUGGGCAGGUGAAACUAUGAGUGGGCUGACUCGUUGAUGUACAUCUGUGAAAACGUGGAAUGUCAUGAAUCAAAGUGCACCAUACCAAAAAGAAUCAGUUCCUGUUUAGUUACAUUCUGAUCUGCUAUGCAAUUCUUUCUCCAUUGUUUUUCCUUCAGAAUUGUUUUACUCUGUUUCAACCCACGAUAUAAGCUUGUUUUAUUGCUUGUAAAAUACAUUUUCCUGUGUACAUAUCCAAUAGGAUAUUUUGUGUCAAAAUGCCAAGAUACAAUAAGAAAACUGUUUGAUUUUUAAAGAUUAUAGAAACACUUUAUGAUUCACUUUAACAACUGGUAUACAGAUGGAAAAAAAAGUAUUUUACUCGUCUUUUUUUUGCUUCAAACUAAUGUUGGUCUCAGGCAGAGCCUUUUGAGUAUCCAAGCUGCUCAAUGUCUACACUCAGUUCUUUGUUGAAAUGGACAAAGAAAGUUUGAGCACUCAGAUUGGAAGGAUGGGAUUGUAGGACCCUUAUCAACCAUAACCACGAAAACAGUAUAGAUUUAUUUUCUUAUAAAAUAUAUAUGUUCCCACAUGAGAAUAUAUGAAAUUAGACUGGUGUUUUCAACUGACGAAUAUCGUUAUUAAAGAUCACUAUACAUUGUCCACUUAGUAUUUUUCUGUAUCAGAAAAUCACUGUAAUUACAUGGGUGGAGCAGCUCAUUUCACAUUCAUAGUUCAAAGGUAACACGUGCCAGUGGAAUCCGAAUUUGACCCCAUCUUUAUUCUAGCUUUUACAAGUCCACCAUCAAGUAAUUGGUACAUGUGUUAACCCAUUGAACUGGUGAAAAUAUUUCAAAUGGCAACCAGAACUACUUUGUCACCCUCGUUAAGUCUAACUGAUAUGAAAAAUUACAAAUUGGAUCACUCGAGUGACAAAAUGUGUCCUGUAAUAGUAUAUUUUAUAUAUAGAUCUACCUGUCAUAAAAUUAUUUAGAUAUUUUGCCCCGCAAAUAGACAGUAUCGUUGCAUAACUAAUUAGAUGUAAAUGUAAUCUUGAUUAUUGCUUUCUUCAGCACAACUAUUUCUAGUUAAAGUUGUACAUGUAUAAACCGGCUUACGACAACAAAGCCUCUACCGUGUUUGCCUCCUCUCAGAACAAAUGGGGACAAGAAAUUAUAAAUGUGAUAUAAUCUCUUAUGAGAUAAAUGCUGUCUGAAUAAGACCAUGUAUGAAAUUUAAGCAUGGAAUACACCCCCCCCCCCCCCAUAGCAGGACAGUUAUACUGUGCACACAGUGUAAAAUGUGUUGUAGAUACAUUUGACCAAAUUAUUCAUCCAAGAUUAAUUUGUAGCACAUUGAUAUUAACCGUCAUUUAUUCGAGGUUUGAUUGGGUCUUUCAAAGCCAUUAACAGAUGUCAUGGAUAUUAUGUCACAUCUGACAUUACUUAUACUAGAAGUCGUCUGACUUCAAUUAACCCCCCCCCCCUCCAAACAGCUGCUGGCAUGAACUUUUUGUUUCUUAUUGUUGAAAUAUAUUUUUUUCGUUUUUUAUAGUUCUUGGACGACACGCACCAUUAUUUGCUUUGCCCCAAUUCUGGGUUGUAUGAUUAUUUUAGGUGUCUUUUUUUUAUUUAAGGCUCAUCUUUUGUGGGUGUCCCAGACAUGAUGAUUUGAUUGAGAUUCACCAGUGUUCCCCAGUUUUGCUUCAAAUCUGUAUUGGGCUUUGUUAAAAACAAAAUAAAACACUUGUUUUUAAAGAAAAAA